UCCGAUGUCGACUCCCUCCCCAAUCCCCCCGCCAAAUGACCGGCGGAGCUCGCGGGCUUCCAGCAACGCGGGUCCGCCCUCAUCCAAUCUGAAUGUCCCCUCUGAGCCUUCAGAUUUGCUCGUGGUCGGUGGUCCUCCCAGCAGUCCCUCACCUUUAGCUCUCAGAGCAUCCAACUCACCAUCCUCGAAGCGUCGAAAGAGCCGCGCCGCCAAAGUCCCCCCCGACGUCCACAUGCUCGAAUACGUCUCCGCCUGCGAUAGCAACCUCGUCUGCCUCAUCUGCCACUCGCCCUUCGAUAGACCCGUCAAGCUUCCCUGCGAGCACUACUUCUGCCGUGAGUGUGUGGACCAUGCCUGGGAUGCUCAGCAAGAGGAUCUCAGGUCGUGCCCUACAUGUCGGACCAAGGUAGACCCGCAGAAGGACUUGUCUCCGGUGCCCAGAAUCAUAGAAACCAUGCUCGAUGAACUCGUCGUCAAGUGUCCGAACACGAAGACGGGCUGCGACUGGGUCGACCAGCGAGUCAACGUCCACGACCACGUCAUGCUGUACUGCGAAUACACCCUCGUCGAAUGCCCAUCCACCGACUGCCGCCUCCCGAUUUCCCAGAAGGACUUCCAUAAAGGCUGUCUGCACUCCACUGUGAGCUGUGAGCACUGUCAUGCCUCCUUGAUGAAGAAGGAUCUCGAGGUAGGCUCCGUUAUGUCGAUCUGUCCAAAUCGAUCUACAAACUGCCCUCAUUGCUUCAUUGAGCUUCUCCGUCUCGAUCUAAAGCCGCAUGUCAAAGAUGUUUGCCCCAUGGUCAGCAUUCCUUGCUCCGGCGCAAUCGUCGGCUGCAAAGUCACUGCAGAGCGGAUUGAAGUCGAAGAGCACGAGAAGACGUGCCCCAUGGCCACCAUGGCGCCCUUCUUCCGAGAACAGCAGGCGCGUGUGGAGCGAAGCGAAGCCCGUCUGGAUCCAUUGUCUCGCAAGAUUGGAAUCUUGGAGGACGGGCUCACCAACAUCACCAGCAUGUUGUACCCAGCGAAUGGCAAUGACUCGUCUUUCCCCGUGACAAAUCCUUUAGACCCCAACAGCUCAGAGGCCUUCCCUCCGGCCUCUCUCAUGCCUACGCCAGACUUUCGCCUACCGCCAGCCUCAUUUCCACCAGUCCCACAAAGCAGCGAUACGACGCAGGCACAGCCUCCCUUUGAUUCUCAGGUCCAUCAUCUGCUCACGCUUCAUGAAUCCCUUCGCGACGAGGUCUCCCGCGUUAGCAACGCGUUGACGGAACUCGAAGGCCGCACCAGCAUGACGAUCAUGAACGAAAAUCAACGAGUCAAGGAAGACAUGCUACAUACGAACGCCGCCAUUAACGGGAUGCGGAUGCAGUUGCAUUGGCUAAUGAGUGCCACCUUGCAACAACGUAGUGCAAGUGCUGCCGGCAGUUCGACAGCGCGAGCCGGCAGUAGCACGGGUCCCUCUGCCAGUGGGAGCGGGACGCAAGGGGCCUCCUCCAGGGCGAGUGCUACAUUCCGGGCACCCAUCCGGCGACUAAGCGACUCAACAAGACAAGACGUCAAGUUGUGA